AUGACAGACUCAUCACCACCAAUCUACAAACCAACUCCCAGACGCGGCUUCAUCCUAGGCGACAACUUCGACCCCUCGCCCACAGACACACCCACAAACGAGCUUCUAAACCCUCCAACAGAUGCAACCACCACAACCGCCGCAAACGGCUCCAUAACCCCCUCCGGCCCCCUCUCCAAACGUUCGCAAUCCAUUCGAAACCUCACGACCAGUGCCUUAUUCGGCAUCUACGGUCCAUCAGCCUACGACAGCGUUCCAGGAACACCAGGAGCGACGCGACAAUCCAGUUUCGCAAAUCUAUUACAAUCCAACGGUAACGCCAGCAGUGUCCCCACCUCCCCCACGGAACUCUCAGGCGACGAUGGAUCUACUUUACCCUCCAAACGUUCAAGACCUUUAUCAAACCUAUCAAGACACCAUUCCUCCCGUUCGACAUCUUCAAAAAACGGUGGUAUAAUCCGACAGAUAGGUAUUCUAAUCGUAUUAUUCUCCGCCGGAGCGAGUUAUGGAUUUAUAAUCUCGCAGUUACACGAUCAAAGCCAUAUUGCGCCGGUGAAGGUGCAGGUUGAGAGGGAUACGGUGGGGUAUUUGGUAUCAUGGGGUAUUGCGGCCGUGGUUUUGGGAAGUUUGUUGCCGUGGGUGGAUGGUAUUUGGGAGGAUUAUGUUUGGGAGAGUGGGAGUGAUGAGGAUGAUGGGAAGAGUGGUGGUGAGGAGAGGGGGGAGGUUACGCCGGGUUGGAAUCCGGCGGUUAGGAGUAUUGGGGCUUUUGUGGGGGUUGCAUAUGCUAUUAGGAAACUACCCUGGCAAUCAACAUCUCAAGCAACUUUAACCCUCGCAUCCGCAAACCCCGUAUUAUGGUACAUCCUCGACCGCACACGUACGGGUUUCUGGUUAUCCACCAUCGUCGCCGUAUUCGGAUCCAUGUUUCUGAUCGGCUUCAACCCGGACUUCGUAGCUAUCCCCAGUGACGACGGAGUGGGUAUUAUUGAAAAACUCAGGAACUUGGCGGUAACGGGUCACGGAGGGGCGGAAUUGCAGAUGAAGUUCUGGGGGGCGACGACGUGGAUUGCUAGCGUGCUUUACGUCAGUUGUCUGUGUUUUGGAAAUCUGGGGAGGAGGGUUUGGGGACGGAAGAGGUCGUGA